AUGUCGCCUCCUUCUCCCUCGGGCAGCAAUGACAAGCGCAUAGGCGGCGAAUAUGGCGCGAUGCGCGCGAACAUCGACGUCGACAAGCUAAACAAGUAUCUCGCAGCCAACGUACCGGAGAUCGCGACACCGGUGGAUGUGAAGCAGUUCAAGUUUGGACAGUCGAAUCCGACUUACUUCCUUACUGACUCCAAAGGAGUUCGCUUCGUCCUGCGCAAGAAGCCGGCCGGGAAGCUCCUGUCUGCGACGGCCCACCAGAUUGAGCGCGAGUACAAGAUGCUUGACGUGCUGCACCGGCACAACUCCUCGCCAUCAACGAAGCCGGAGCAACAUGUACCAGUUCCCCGGCCGUACGUGCUGUGCAACGACAGCGAGGUGAUCGGGACGCCAUUCUACGUGAUGGAGUACCUCGACGGACGGAUAUUCACGGACGUGCGCAUGUUCGAGGUGCCGCCGAAGGACCGGAAGGAAUGCUGGCUCUCGGCGGUGCGAGCGCUCGCUGCCCUCGGCUCACUCGACCCCGUCGCAAUUGGGCUCGAAAAGUUCGGCCCAACGACGCCAUACUUCCCUCGCCAAAUCAAGUCCCUCUCGCGCGUGUCGGCAUCGCAGUCUGAGGCGGUUGACAUCGAGACGAACAAGGCCAUUGGACCCAUCCCACAUUUUGACGCGCUCGUGCGGUGGUAUGGCGCGCACCUUCCUAACGAAGGGCGCGUGCGCAUCGUGCAUGGGGACUAUAAGCUCGAUAAUCUCGUCUUCCACCCUACGGAGAAUCGGGUUAUUGGGAUUUUAGACUGGGAGUUGUGUACGCUUGGGUCCUCGCUUGCGGACCUCGCCAAUCUCACUCAGCCUUGGUCAAUCGACCGCGAAUGGGUGCCCAUGAGCGCUGAAGGCUCAGAAGGCCUCAACCCGCGAAAGUACCCGCUCAUGAAGGCGUUUAAGCGCUCACCCAAUCCCGAAGAGGUUCCCAUCCCGCUGGAGGACCUCGAGCGCGAGUACGCUCGUCUCUCCGGGAGAUCCUAUCCUAUGCCAGAGAUGCCUUUCGUACGGAGCUUCAUGGUCUGGCGGUUGGCGGUCAUUUCGCAAGGCAUCGCUGCGCGCUACGCGAGGAGACAGGCGAGCUCGGAACAGGCGCCGUUGCACAUUCAUUUGUUCCCGGUGCUCAGCAACAUCGCGAAGAACGUGCUCGCGGACGAUGGGUUUGAUAUCUUUGAAAAGGGGAAUGUUAAGGCGAAGUUGUAGAAUGUUGUAAACGUCAGUGUGGACUUAGUAUUAGUAAUGGAUGUAUAGUUCCUGACGGUAUUAUUUAUUUAUUUGCC